AUGGAUAUUGUAGAGUUCUACGUAUCUUGUAACCCUCCGUUACUCCCUAAAGGGGUGGCGCUGAUAUUUGCGAGUGUCGAGGAAAGAAAAGAUGACCUUGGAAUCCUUGAGAUCCUCUACGAACCUGAGAUCCCUUGGUUUAAGCUCAUUGCCCCAAGGGCUUCUCAACGCGAAGUCUCAGAUUGGAUGCACUCUCAACUAGAGGAGCUAAUAGAAUCAGAAGCCGACGCUGUUAUACAAGACGAAGACGAAGAUGACCUCAGUACAUCUGCCAUCCAACCUGAUAUUGAGGUACUGGUCGAGGAACCACACAUUAUUGCCUUUCCUUCUCUCCAAACAAUCCCGAAAGACAUCCUCAAUCAAUAUGACACGUUCCGGUAUCCCGACACUAUCAAGACCUUGUCUUACAAAACAGUCUGGCGAGUUCCAGAAUCAUCUGGAGUCACUAUCAUGCAGAUUCUCUCGAAUUACGAGUCCCUGGGAUCUGUUUCGCCUUUGGGCCCAAGCAUCGAUAGCCUUCAAGCACUUACGAAAUGUGUCAUUACAUAUAAUUUCCAGGGUUCCUUACUAUACAUCGGCAGCAGUGAAAGCGAACAAGCACUAAGCGUUGCAAAACGAAAACUCGACACUCUUGCGAACUUUAUGGAUUCCCCCUUGCCCCCUACCGCUCACAUGGUUCUUACUGAAACUUCGAGCUUGGUUACACUCUGCUACCGAUACAUGACACAUACUGGACUAUCCAGAUUGACUUAUGUUGAUUCCGCCGGCAACUAUCAGAGCGAGGACCAGGAGUACGCCUCGAUCGCCAGUGCAGUAUCCUUGAGAAUUGAAUCUGUUAAUAGGUACCGGCAGCCUGUACCCGAUCGCGUCAAAUAUCCAAUUCCAGAGCCCGGCAACUUGGCAACUUGGCAACCAGAGUUCCACCCCUUCUCUGGGUAUUCAUAUGGAAACAAGCGGUCUGGUACCAUAGCUGUUAGUGAGAACAAAAGACCCCGACAGAAGAUCCAGCAUCAAGAAUCGGAUAGUAUCGACAAGAUCACCAGCCCUGAGCGAAACCGCAAUCUCAAACAUAUCAGCACUACAGACUUACCACAAGUUCGAAAGUGCUUAGAAGCUCCCAGGUACCACGCUCGAAAUCACAAGAAAAUCACUAAUUGGCUCUACAGCAUCGAGUCCAGCGGAGACGGUGACCAUCUGAAGCCACCCUCAUUUCUGAUAGAGGACAAUGGAGAGCAGGGCCAGGGAAUAUCAACAGACUCACCAUGUGGCUCAUGUUCCGAGACAUCCCGAAGUAUUGACGAACCAAGGGGACCUCGGCUUGUCAACACCAAAGACGUCCCUCUUCUGGAGGCCAAGGUCAAACAUCAGAUGCCAGAAUCAGAUUACCAGGCUUCUUCAAGCCAGCUUUUAUUGGGCUUGGACUUACCAGAAAACAGUCUCAAGCUCCUCAAUCUUCCCAAUCCUUCCGGUCCGCAGUCUAAUGCUACAAGGGAUUUGAUGGACAUUGAUGAUGGCCCCAUCACAACUCCUGCGCUUAUGGAUAAUAUCCCUUUGCACGAACGUGGUAGCAGACUUCAGACUGCAUCAGAGGACCAAGGUGUUCAUUCUGAAGUCACAUUCGGCAAGAGAAACCAUCAGGAGAAAAGACUGUUUGAUACCAUGAGACAGAGAGCUGCCUCUGGGCUAAGCUGGGCCAACGUAGCCUCAAAGAAGAAAGAAGAGAAGCGAGACGAUAAGCCCACCUUCGGGCUGAACGUGCCUGUCACAUUUGUCCCUGACAAUCGUUCUGCAACUCCGAUUUCAGCAACGCCAACAUCCGAGGUUAUUGCCAGCUUCAGCCAUGUCCUGGCCAAGCAGAAAGAGGAGCAUGCCAAGGACAAGUCAAAUUCAACUGAGAAACCCAAGCCUGACCCAAUCCCACAGACCUUCCAAAUUGUUCCAGGAAUGGACAUGCCAUCGAUGGACCAGGUGGAGUAUAGCGAGAUCGUGUCACAGGCUGAGAACAAGCUCAGUAAGUUGGUUGAAGUUCUACAAAUAGUCCCCGGGAAAGUGAGCAUUCAAGCUCAAUUCGGGCGGCUGUGCCGCAAAGACACAUUUCCUGCUUUGGUCUAUGACGGUCAAGCGCCAUCAUGGGCUGUUAAUAAAACCGUUGAGGCUCUAAACACUGAAAAUCCGCAUAUGGGGUUUUAUCCCAUCCUCACAACAAGCGGGGCAGAAGCAAACACGAUCCCUCAAAUGUUUGGUGGCAGAUCUCCAUGGCUAUUGACGGAGAAGCGAGUUUACUACGAAUUCCACUGCGUCGCCGAGAAGACGCUUGAGGCUGUCGUGGAAGUUGAUGCCGAUACCUUCCAGCACCAAUACUUCCCCCCAGCGACUGAAGUCUCAAAGGCUUUCGUUCAUUGCACUCGACGUGCAUGGGAUGUCAAAUUUUCUGUCUCCCGCAUGUAUAUGGAGGGGAUGGCCGAUGAUAUGGAAGAGUUUGCUGCAUCAUUGGUGCGCUCCAUGAGUAUCGAAACGAAUGAGAUGGGAGAGCUCGUGAUCAGUACCGAGCCAAAGAGCACCUCGAAUUUGGGCGUUGAUAAGGUUAGAAUAUGUCACGAAGCCCGAUACCGAAAUGGAGGGAAGGGGCCUAGCUGUCUCAAGGUUACUAUGAUACGGAGGGUUGAGAAACUUCCUGGUAUUCCCAAAGGAACUUAUCGGGGUCAGUCAGUUCCAGUAACACCCCCUGGAAACGGACGGCCUGGUCAGUGGUUCGAAACAAGCAUUUCGUCCACACGAGCAGAAGAGAUAUUCCAAGAGAACAUGGGUCUAGAGUUUGGCGAUAAAACACAUUGGACGCCUGAAACCCUACAGCACCAGGGCGUUUUCAGAGCCAUCUCUGAGCCUGCACUGCAAAUGGUCAGCCAGAUGGACCAUGUCGGCGAUUCGAACUCCAACGGACAAGGCCCUCGCACUGAUCGACAAUCGUACAGUGCUGCUCAGGAUUCAAAAGACCGGCAGAAAGGGAAAUACUUUUGGUGAAACGCUGCAGGACGAUGUUUGAUUCAACACGCGAAGAUGGAAGACAUGGAUUGAAGUACGAAGUGUGAUGGAGAUAAAAAUGGAUAGAUAUCGGAGUUACUGAACGCCUUUUGUCAAAACUUUGAGCUAUUAUAAGAUCGCGAUGGCAAUUUACAUGAUUC